AUGCGCCGUGCAGCUGCAUCCUCAUUUCCCCUCCGCCAAGUGGGCGCAUCGCUCAACGGCUCUGCCGCCACAAACCGAGGCCUCACGCAGCAGGCCAUCCUGCGACGCUCCUUAUGCACAACUUGCCUUGCUAGCAGACACAUCACCAGCGCUAGAAGGUUCCGUCCAUCGCCGAGUAUUCUUACGCAACAAACCAGAAAUGGGGGCCAGAGGAGAACGGCAUCGGCGGUAGCGACAGCGACAGAGGGAAACAGGGGUGAGGAACCAGAAUCACCAAAAGAGUUUGGUGGCGCAAGAGAGGCUAAUGAGAAGGCAGCCGCAAAAGAUGACCAUGGCCCGAUACAAGAAUACGACCGCCGAGUUGACAACGGCAUUUUGCGCAACGACGAGCAUCAGAGGGGCAAGUUUGCGCUCCCUGUAGCCGACAUUGGCGGGUGGGGAGUAUCACAUGCUGACGACGGACAGAGCCUCCAGCACCUCCACGACGAGCUGGUCAACUACAAUGCGCCCGAAGUGAAGCAGCCGACUCUCGAGUCCAUCAAGCCCGCAAAGUCCAUGUUCGGAUCCUGGUUCGGCGGGGGAAAGGCUGCCGAGGCCGCGAUAGGAGCGAUCCCGAGCAACCUGCCCCGCGGGCUGUACCUCUUUGGUGACGUCGGUAGCGGCAAGACGAUGCUCAUGGAUCUAUUUUACGACACGCUGCCGAGCUCCGUCAAGACCAAGACGCGCAUCCACUUCCACAACUUCAUGCAGGAUGUCCACAAGCGGCUACACAAGAUGAAGAUGCAGCACGGCAACGACGUCGAUGCCGUUCCCUUUGUGGCAGCGCAGAUCGCGGCGCAGGGCAAUGUUCUCUGUUUUGACGAGUUUCAGUGUACCGACGUAGCAGACGCCAUGAUUCUGAGAAGAUUACUAGAAGCGCUCAUGUCACACGGCGUCGUACUGGUCACGACAUCGAACCGGCACCCCGACGAGCUCUACAAGAACGGCAUCCAGCGAGAAUCCUUCAUCCCCGCGAUCAAGCUGCUCAAGAGCAGGCUCCACGUCAUCAACCUGGACUCCCCGACAGACUACCGCAAGAUCCCGAGACCGCCCUCGGGGGUCUACCACACCCCGCUCGACGCGCACGCGACCUCCCACGCCGAGAAGUGGUUCCGCUUCCUGGGCGACCCGGAGAACCCGGAGCCGCACCCGGAGGUGCAGAACGUCUGGGGCCGCGAGAUCCACGUGCCGCGCGUGAGCGGCCGCUGCGCGUGGUUCACGUUUGACGAGCUCAUCGGCAAGGCGACCUCGGCGGCGGAUUACCUCGAGCUGGUGCGUAACUACGACGCCUUUGUCAUCACCGACUGUCCGGGCAUGACGUACCGCCAGCGCGACCUCGCUCGACGCUUCAUCACCUUCAUCGACGCUGUGUACGAGUCGCACGCGAAGCUGGUGUUGACGACGGAGAAGCCCCUGACGGAGCUGUUCGUCUCCCGCGCCGAGCUGGAGGAGUCGCUGGAGAAGCAAGGGAAGAAGGACGAGGCCGGACAACAGAGCGGCGACACCGCGGCGGCGACGCAUCUCCUGGAAGACCUGGACCACAAUAUCGACUCCAUCAAGGGCAUGUCGGGCCUGUUCUCGGGCGACGAGGAGGCGUUUGCGUUUGCGCGCGCGCUGUCGCGUCUGAGCCACAUGGGCAGCAAGGAGUGGGUUGAGCGCGGCAUGGGGUUGGAGCAGCAGGGCGGCAAGAAGGAGCGCGACGACUGGGCCAAGGUCCGGAGUCGGCAGAUGGAGGACAGCAUGUAG